CAUAACAGAGAGUCUGUGACGUCAUGCCGGGGCCUUUGACCAUCGUCAACAAAUGCAUGAAGUGCAACCAGCCGCUGAAUCUUAAAAUAAAACACCAUCAGCGACUUAAAUGAACAAACUCUGUUGUUGCUUUUUGGUCAGAGUUAAAAGUCAAUAAAGCGUUUGCUAUACCGCGGUUAAAAACCAAACGUCUGUUUAUUUCGCGUACAUAUGUUCAUCUGAAUCUGUCAUCAGCUCACUGCGCACUGCAUCGGUCUGAGGUAAACAUUGGCGAUUAAUGUAAGAUGUUUUUAUACUCUAUAGUCUCUGGGUUACUUUGGGCUUCCUGAAGUGAACGAUGGGUGAAAACGCAGAGAAGAAGAUCGAGGCAGUGGACGAUCUGGUGAUCAUCGUGGAGAAUGAAGCGGAGAGCAAACCGGUGCAGGAGGCUGAUGCUGCCGAUCAGAGUAAUGUGAAAAUGAUGAUGAUGGGACUAAUGGACGUGUGUCCGGUGUGUAAGCUCAGCUUCACGAGCCGAGAGCCCAAACUGCUGCCCUGCCUGCACUCCUUCUGUAAGAGAUGUUUACCUGCUCACAACAGGACGGUCAGCACAGGCAGCCCUGCUAAACAAUUGAGCAUGAUCCGCUGUCCAGUUUGUCAGCAGGAGUGUAUGGAUGUUGAGGUCUUGGAUAACUUCUUUGUCAAGGAUUCAAUGGAGGUGCCGAGCAGCACGAUGGAGAAAAGCAGUCAGCUGUGCAUGAGUUGUGAUGAUAACACGGAGGCGAGCGGCUUCUGUGUCGAAUGUGUGGAGUUUUUGUGCGUCACCUGCAUCGAUGCCCAUCAGCGUGUCAAGUUCACCAGAGACCACACGGUCCGACAAAUUACAGAAAUGUCCUCAGAGGCGAUGGGUGCUUCCACACAGAAGCCAGUAUUCUGUGAUGUUCACAAGCAAGAGCCUUUAAAGCUGUUCUGUGAAACUUGUGAUCGUCUUACGUGCAGAGACUGUCAGCUUCAAAAACACAAAGACCACAACUACCAGUUUCUAGAGGAUGCGUAUAAAAACCACAAGGAACACUUGGAAAGUAUGACCUACCAGCUUCAAGAAAAGAAGAAAGCUAUAGAGGAUGUAACCGCAACUAUUAAUAACGGUCUCGUGCAAAUGGAUGAAAAUCGCAAUGCUGUAGCUACUGAGAUCAGAAAGUCCAUUAGCAAUCUCAUAAUGGAGAUCAACAAGAAGGGGAAAAUAUUAAUCAAUCAACUUGAGGCGAUCACAAAAGACCACGAAACGCUUUUAAAAAAGCAACAGCAGGAUGUGAUGUCACUCUCCACUCAUCUUGAUCAUGUGAUCAACUUUACAAAAUGGGCCACGGCCAGUAACAGCGGGACAGCUCUUCUGUACUGUAAACGACUGAUCACAUGUCAAAUCCAGUACCUCAUGCGGGCGAAAUGCAACAUCUCGUACGUUCCCCAGAGCUCAGUUCGUUUCCACUGCCGAUCUUCCUUUUGGGCUUCGAAUAUGGACCUUGGUUCCCUAGUUGUGGAGAAAUCUCCGAUCCGUCAUCCGAACGUUCCGCAUCCAGGCGCUCCACAGCAGAUGUCUUUCCAGCAGAUGAACCCAAUCCCCAGACCUGAGAAUUUUCCGUCAGGUUUCCCGAGCUCGCAGCCUCAGCAGCAGAGACAGAGCACGCUGGCCCAGCUUCAGAUGCAGGUGGAAAAACUCACGCAGCACACCGCCCGCCAUCAACAACCCAAUCAAUGGCCGUGGUACCACAGCAUGCGCUUACCCGGUCCUCCUCCACCUAGACCCAUGCAGGGUGGGUCACCGUCUCAGACUUUACCCAGCAUGGCUCAACAACAAGGGCGGCGUUAUAACGCGAGGAGUCCUCCGCCGGUGCUUCAGAACUCGGCCCUGCCUCCACAGACCAUGAGGGGUGUAAUGAACAACCCUAUGUACCCCCCUAAACCACUGGAGGGUAUCCCGAGGCCGGCUCGCUAUCCGCACAAUGCUGCAUACUCCAGCGGUGGAAUGCUUUCCUCUUCACAUGCACUCCAUCAGCCAAAUGUUCCAGUAACAUCAUAUCUGAACAGGAGAUGUGAACCCAGUGCACUAAUGCAGACUCAAAGACCCAGUUAUUCAACCAGUCAACUUUCCACGCCUCCUGACCGAGCAGCACAAGCAAGGCAGUUUUCUCAAAUGCCUGUAACCUCAUCACAACCAAAGAACAGUUCCAGUACCUGGAAACGUGUGGAGGCCCCUCGGAGUGGCCAAUCAAAUCCGUCCAAUAAAAGAAGGCGCAGGUCGUCUCCAGGGCCGGUCAUCGUCAUCAAAGAUGAACCAGAGGAUGAUGAUGAAGUUCGUUUUGUAAAGACUAGUGCUAAAGCCAAUCUUCCAGAUAGCACCGGGGUUCAGUCCCAGACCCCACAGCAGGGCGAGCAGCAGUCAGAGAAGACCCCAGAAAUAGAUGAAGACCCCAAUGAAGACUGGUGUGCUGUGUGCCAAAAUGGAGGGGAACUGCUGUGUUGUGACAAAUGUCCUAAAGUCUUCCAUCUUACCUGUCAUAUCCCUACCCUGACCGCAUCACCAAGUGAUGAAUGGUACUGUACGUUCUGCCGUGACCUUACCUCACCUGAAAUGGAGUAUCAUAGUGUCAGCAGUUCAAACAAUGUAAAGCAGGAUCCAGAUUCAGAGGCGUUCACACCUGUGGAUAGACGAAAAUGUGAGCGACUGCUGCUGCGUCUUUACUGCAAUGAGCUCAGCAUGGAUUUCCAAGAGCCGGUCACUCCAGCGUCAAUGCCGGAGUACAGUGAGAUAAUAAAGACACCGAUGGACCUGUCUGUGAUCAGAAGUCGGUUGGAGAAGAUGCAUUAUAAGAGCACUGAUGACUUUGUUGCAGAUGUCAGGCUGAUUUUCAAAAACUGUGCAACUUUUCACAAGGAAGAUACUGAGAUGGCCAGUGUGGGUACUAAUCUCGAGAGUUUCUUUGAGGAACAGUUGAAACUGCUCUAUCCAGACCGGACGUUUUCUGUCCCUGACGUAAAGGAGGAAGGUGCAGCUUCUGUGGCUCCUGUCGAAACUUCAAGUCCGUCAUCAAAGACUCCUCAGGACACUUCCCAAACAGCGGAGACUGUGGAACCGUCCAGAGAUCUCCCUCAGGAGGAAAUGUCUACUAAAAAUACUGAGGGAAAACCAGAGACCUUGUUAAACUCACCUGCAGGCCUCAGUCCUGUAAAUACUGAUACAGACAGUAAAGUGACUCAGGUGCCUGAAGGCUGAUCAAACUCCAGGAUCAUCCCCUAAAGACUUGACAUGUGAACUCUUUAGAUUAUGACUCAUAUGCAAUAAGUAUUGUGUAUUAAAUUGUUUUAGGCAUUUGGAGAAAGGCAGUGCAAACCAGUAACAAUGUAAUGUGUAAUAUAGGCACAAUAAAUUACUAUGUAAAAAAGUG